UUCAAAGCCUUAAGUUCAUUACACACCAAAUAUCAUCUUCGAAGAAAAUGGAAAGCCAAUUACUCCUCGGCCUUGCCUUGGCUUUCCUCUUCUUUUCUGGAGCGUACUCAACCACAUUCACAAUCAAAAACAGGUGCCGCCACACAAUAUGGCCAGCAACCCUAACAGGCGCCGGGCCUCAAUUAUCAUCAACUGGUUUUGAGCUAGCUUCGGGGGCUUCAAAAACCCUUAACAUUCCUUCUGGGUGGUCAGGCCGAGUAUGGGCUCGAUCCCGUUGCCACAUUGUUAAGGGCAAGUUCAUUUGUGGCACAGCCGACUGUGCCUCUGGCCAGGUCUCAUGCAAUGGUGCUGGUGCAAUUCCACCAGCUUCAUUAGUAGAGUUUACCUUAUCAGGUUAUAAUGGACAAGACUUCUACGAUGUUAGCCUCGUUGACGGGUUCAACUUGCCUGUAUCGAUAACCCCACUAGGCGGUUCAGCCAGUUGUAAAAGAACGAGCUGCAGAGGCAAUAUAAACCGGGUCUGCCCUCCGGCGAUGGCGGUGAGAGGACAUCGUGGGAAAGUGAUUGCUUGCAAGAGCCCGUGUCUGGCUUUCAAUCAGCCACAAUAUUGUUGCACUGGUAAUUAUGGUACCCCAGAUAAAUGUCCUCCUACUAACUAUUCUAAGAUUUUCAAGCAUCAGUGCCCUCAAGCAUACAGCUAUGCCUAUGAUGACAAAACUAGCACAUUUACUUGCACUGGUGGAGCUAAUUAUCUUAUUACAUUCUGUGCAUAAGCUACAGACUAAAGCUUCUUCCAAUUACGUAGAGACCCAAAGAUCUAGCUUUUUGCUUCUAUUUACAGUACACUCUACUAUUGUUUUGACCGUUUAGGUAUAUGGUUUAUUUUACAUAAUUGAAGAGUGUCCAUUUUUUCUCCUCCCCAAUGUAUAAACUACAAAGUGAUAUCAAUACGUUAUCAAUUAAAAAAAAAAAACUAUAGAAUUU